AUGGUGACGAUUCUUAAAAGAAGUGUUAUAUCAACAGUGAAGAUUGAAGGUGAAUUUCAAAAUGUAAGCCUCUUACCCUUGGUGUUUGUUGUAGGAGACGAUGGGUGGAAGCAUUCAUGUUCUAUAACACGCGAACACGUUGUACUUCCGUCGUACAACGCACAAGUCGAACAAAGAAAAGAACGUAAACCAAAACACCGAAAAGGACCUUUUCGAAUUGAUGAAGACAUUAGAACAAUGGUACAGAUUACCACAGAAAGAGAGUCAAUGGACAAUGACAAUAACUUCACCGACGAAGAGAAGCUGAGGAAUCAAAUAGACCAGACAGACUCCAUUGAAACAAAUUUGCUUCAAAAUCACCAAAUCUGUCAAAAUUUGGCAGUUGUUGAUGACACUUACAACUUUUUAGCCAUAGAUAAAUUACCAUUUAUAGAAGUUGAUGGUCAACAGAUGUCUUCAUGGAUAGACGUGAAGGAACUUCUCUUUCCUAAAUGUAGUGAGCCAAAUUGUUGUGAAGUUUUAAAUUGUCUUAUGAAGAAGUUUUUAAAUCCAUCAAAUCUAAACUUAAUGCAUCCUUGUUCAGAAAAAGAACAGAAAUUAUUCCUGCGACAGUUUAAGUUGGUGUUUCAGGGAUGUAUGUUAGUUAGUUUACCGGAAGUGAAAAAAAGAUUAGACAUUUUACAAGCGGAAGUAGAAUUAAACCAUUUGGAGAAGACUGGAAAGGAAGCCUGCAGCUAUCUUCAGACAACAUGUUCCAAAUGCUCACCACGACGACCGAAGACUUCACUUCCUCGUCAGAGAAAUCUGUCUGAAAAGCGACCUAAAUCUGCUGAUAAAGUGAAUUCCAAUAAACGACAUCUCGGUUGGCUCUAUGAUCGUUUAGCACUAGUUCCAAUUCUUCUUGUUCCCGAGAAGAUAAGAGAACCGAAGCAAUAUGGUAGAUCUAGUCAGGGGCCAGAAGCGGACAAAGACGAUAUACACUUUCCUGUUUUAUUACAUAAUGGACAAGAAAAGAUUACUGUACCAUGUUCUAUCAUAGCACGUGUUUUUCCUCAAUCUUAUAAUGUUUUACUGCAUUGCUUACUAACUACUACCAAUAGUCAACGACAACAAGAGCAAUACAUCUUUUCAGCGUGUUCGUCACACCAAGCCUUAUCUUUCAAUAGGUGGAUCAGCAAAUUCUUAAAAGACAGCAAUGUACGUGGAGUAACAACUGGAAGUUUAUUGAUAAACUUAGAGAAAUUUAGUGAAUUAACAUACGAUUUACUACCACUGUCAAUCAGACGUAUAUUGCAGUCUAAAUGUCGAUGGCCAGACCUGGCAGAGGAAGGAUUUAAGAACAUAAUAAUUUGGGAUAACCGACCAUGUACUUUACUCAAGAACAUUUGUGAUUCAACUGAUAAUGGCAAAACAGAUACUACCAAUCUGAUUUCUGAUUUUAACUACAAUGCUGGAACAGUCACACCUAAAACAAAUAACGAUGUUGUUAGAGAUCAGAACAAUCAAUCGCAUAACGAAAGAGGUGAAGAGAAUAUGAUUAACAGAAUAGAAUGUGUCAAAUACAAAGUUUAUGAUCCUUGUGAUAAUAAACCUUACUUACCAGCUAGAACACGAAGAAAGGGUAUGUUACGAGUGCGCCCAGUAACAAUAUCACAACCUACUGCUGAUCAUAAUGGAGACGCAAAUUCGUCGUUAUCCGUUAGUGCGUCCCAAAUAUCAUCCAAGAAGUCGUUCCGAGUCAAGUCGGGUAGGAAAAUUAGUAAAUCAGGACUUGCCAAGUCGCCUUAUCUUUCUCAACCAGCCGUUGUUAAGAACGGAGCAUUCUUUUCAAAACGUCUUCAAAUUGAGAAAUCGAAAUUCGGAGGUUUUCGAUCCAGAAGUCAGGUUACUGACAAUAUUCGCAAACCAGACAUCUGGCCUAAAGGCUUUAUUGCCUCACCACCAAGCGUUUUAAGAGUCAAGAGUCCUACAAAGGAUAUCAAAGUAUCAACUCCUCGUAAACGAAAAGAAUCGCCAAGGUCAGAGGAAAAUGUGAUACAAUGUGCUCAAAUCAACACAGUCGUUGAUACAUCGUGCGUUGUGCCAUAUAACCCAAUACUCACGGCAAUACCCUCGAUUAAUGAAAAGAGAAAAAAUAAAUCUUAUCCGAGCAAGAUGCAUGGUAAGCGAAAUGAUUCAGUCACAGACAACUGUGACUUUCAGAGUAAUAUUGAUUCGUCUAUCACAACCGCUGUGCUAAUUGCCAAGGGUAUCAACCUCCAAGCAACAACCCAGCCACAAUUAUGCUCAUCAAAACAUUUACAAGAAGACUUUUGUAUAAUAACUGAUAUCAAUUCUUUAACCAUUCCAUCUUCUGAUGUCGAGUCAAAAAUGACAGAAGAAACCCUAGAAACUAGAGAGGUUGUCUCGACACUGAUCGAGAAAGAUCAUGAGUCGCCCGAUAAAACAUCAGGUGUUUUCGCACCCGUGCCGUCCUGGCAACAACUAGAUCUUCAGUUGGAUCCUAAGCAUCCUUAUGAUGAUUUACAUAAAAUAUUUCAAUUGCCAUCGUCGUCUGCUGGUAAAAGUUCUACAAAUGUACCAGAAGAUAAUAUCAGUUUGUCAUCAUCUAGUGUCUAUACUACCUCAGGUAGUAAUUCAGUAGCAUGUGGUAUACUAGAGAGAGAUAAAAGAUAUACUUUGACAGUUGAUACAUCUUCUAACACACUUUCCCCAACAAACAGUAGCAGUGUGUACUCUUCCGAUGAAACAAAUAUUCCUAUACUGGAAACACCGUCUCAGAUUAAAAUAUUGUCAGAAUCUCCGCCUUUGAAAGUGGAUGGAUUGAUUGAAGCCUUGGAGACAAUUCAGGCGACGGCUCCGAAAUCAACGAUAGAAAAUAUACUAACAGGUCAUGAUAAAUACGUCGAGGAAGAGAAAACAGUUAUUGACCUUGCUAGUGAGGUCAUGAAAUCGAACGUUAUCCAGAAUCAAGAGGUAUUACCUUCUCGCCCUGUAUCAACAGCUCUUGAAAUGCUUUUGGAUACAAAGAUUCUUCAAGGAGACUCAGGGGAUGAAGUAACCGUCGCUAAUUCAAAGUCUAGUGAUAUUUGUGUUUGCGUACCUUCCGAUACUACCUGUGAUCAGCCUAUUGAAAGAAAUUCAAAUAGACAAUAUAUACAAAUAGUAAAUAACACCUGUAAAUUCAAAGACCCUGAACCACCUAAAUCCACAUAUACACGACAGACAGUCAGCAAAUCCCCAUACAAAGGAUCGGCAUUGAAAUUAAACAAUGAAUCAGCAACAACCCAGACGUUGCAAAAUGCACUUCGAAAUAGCAAAGUACUGAAUAAUUCGCGAUCACUUCUUACACCUGAUUUAUUAAAUAUUUCUCGGUUUCACUCCCUUGGCAAUGUAUUGGUCACCAACUCAACAAAUGACAUUAUAGCACCAGAAAAGUCAGCCAAGAUGAAUAUAAAAGACGAAUAUGGAGCUGCAUUACAUUCUGUCGCCAAAGUAUUCCAAGAGAAAAGAGUAGAGCAUAUAAAAAUAAAUUCAUCAAUUCCACUUCGACCACAAUCCAAUGAUCAAAUACAUAAACCAGAAACAAACCAGUUACCAACCAGGCUAGAUGGUAAAGAUGAAUCGGUACCUAGUCUUGACUUGGCAAAAUUGACUAAAGAGGUUUCACGAAGGUCAGUUAGAGUUCAGUAUGACGUAAAGCCAAGUAAAUCUUUUGGAACUGGUCAUUUUCUACAUAAUAAGAAUGUGUCAACUAAAAUGAAAAAAGGGAUGCAUGUCAGACACACAAUGCCAAUUGCUAAAAACCAGUUUAAUUCAAAUCUCAAAAAGUCUUCUCCGAAAGUAUUUCAGGAAAUUGUGACCAACAAGUCAUCAUUUAGUAAGCCAUCUCUCCAGAAUUAUUUCUCUAGCAUUCCGUCUGAAAAUGAUUAUCACAUUCCACCAUCAUCACCAAAUGUUACUUACAGAUCUCAGGAUUCCGGUGUCAGUAAUUCUGACUGUCUAUCAGCACAAUUUCAGUCUUGUCCAGGGUGCAAGAACGAAAUAAAUAUAUCAAAUGUCAAACACAUCAACAAUGUCUCGGAACCGGAACAAUGUGAUUCUUCGGUUCCUUGUAAUUCGGGAAGAGUCAUUCGACAAAGAUAUGAAGAUGGUCGCAUUUCUGUUAUCAGUGUUCACGAUUCUAUUAACAAUCAAGUGAGGCUGCAGGAUGGGUAUCAUCGAAACAACUGUAGUCUAAAGCCAAAACGUAACCAAGCUUCCAUACCCUUAGAAAAUGUGAACCGACUCGAAGAUAAUCUUUCUAUAAUGUCACUCUGUUCUUCAAGAGAACAACAUCUUUAUAACAACAAACGGAAAUCAACCAAAUCAGAUGAUAGAAAAAUGGAAUCUGUACACUACACAACAAAACAUAAUAUAAGUAAAGACAAACUACCAGUGGCACGAGAAAUGGUUAAUCCAAUUACUUCGUCUAACGUAGUCAAUGUCAUCUUUCAAUAUGGACCAAAAUAUGCCAGAACUACAAAUGACGGUUCUACGGUACCAAAAUCAAGAUAUGACAACGCAGCAAUAUUGGCUAAGACUCCUGACAAACGACUGUCCCACUUCAAACGAAAUACUCAUCAGAAAUUAAGAAUUUGUAUUGAUUUAGUAGGCUCAUCAGAUGAAAACUCCCCACUAGGAAUCAAGAAAUUAGUUUAGAAUGAACCUUUAGUUGAAUUCCAUCACUAAGAUAACAUUACACCAUCUUCAAUGAACGUCUCUGGUUACAUGUGCGAGACUGACUUGUGCAAUUGUGAGUGUAAAUUUUUUGUACUUUAUGAAAUUAAUGUUUAUUGAACAA